CACAAAUAUGUACUGUAUAUAAUUAUAUAUGUCUCCAGGAAUCCUAGGAUGAUUCGGGUAUCCAAAUUCCUAGGGUUUUGCUCCAUUAAUCAAUCCCAAUUAUAAUGUUGAAAAAAAAAAAAAGAAAAAAAAAAAAAGAAGAAGGAUUCAAAGAAGCUAGAAUUCAAGGAAAUACCAACAAAAUUCAAAACUUCAAAUCAAAUUAUUCAAAGACCAAUAAUGAGGUCCCAACACUGCCAUCUACGGCAAACAUAGGAAAAAGAAGUCCAAAUCUUGCCGUCCCAUCAUAAGGGUGUCAAAAAAACAAAAAUGCCAAACAGUCCUUUGAAUUCCUCCUAAUAAAACCCUUUUUGAAAAAUUCAAUCCACUCCCUAAUCCUUUUCUCACACAAUUUUCUACCCCUCAACAAGGUCUAGAUUUGCUUACCUCGACUAUUUCUUGAAUCUUUAAUAAUAUAUAUAUAUAUAUAUGUAGAAAUAGUUCUCUGCAAUUGCAGGAAGAAGAGUUAGCCAAAGCUAGGAAAUGGAAAGUCAAGCAGAGAAGGUGUAUGUGGCCAUUGGGACUGACCUGCAAGAUGGUUUUGGGACCUUGGAAUGGGCAAUUAGAAAGUGGUCCUCUCAUUCAACCUCCAUAGUAAUCCUCCAUGCACCUAAUGACAUAUACAAAAACUAUGUUUGGACACCGAUUGGAAAACUCCCUACAAGUUCUGUCAGUGCUGAGAAAUUGGAUGUUCUUCGGAAGAUAGAAGGGGGAAAAAUUGACAAAUUACUAUCCCAAUACAUAACUUUCUGUGGCCAGGUGAAAGUUGAAAUUCAUAAGAUUGAGAAAUAUGAUGAACCGGUUCACAAGAUCAUGAUAGAUUUGAUAUCCGGACUUCGGAUAACCAAAUUGGUCAUGGGAUUUACAUCCAUGAAGUCCUCAUCGUCGAAAUCUAAGAGUGGAACCAAUGGAUUAUUUUACAUUCAUCGGCAUAAACCUGAUUUUUGCGAGUUGUUCAUAAUAAGUGGUGGGAAAUUGGUCUCCUUGAGAGAAGAAAAUAAUGAGGGAUUUAUGGAGGAUGAUAAAGGACUAGUGGUAGCUAAGAUAGAGACGGUUAGUUUCAAAGGUUUGUUUGGAAAAAAGUUCCCUGAAACUGCUACUAGUGAAAAAAUCCCGGAUAACUCACCUUCUUCAACAACAAGCAAUGAGUCACCUGAUCAAUGGGAAAUUUAUGCGCAAGAGAUUGAAAAUUAUUUCCAUCAACUGUUGUCUUCGAAUUCAGAUGAGGAAGAUGGUGCAGUGGAGAAUGACAGUUUGAAGACUAGUCCAACAGCACCAGAUCUGGUGGAAAAUAUGAGUUCUGCAGAGAAAAUUGAAAUGCUGAAAACUAGAUUAGCCAAAGCUCGUGAGAUGAUCCAGUUGAAGAAAGAACAAGCUAGGGGCAACGUCGAAAGACAUGCUAGAGCUGAAUGGGCCAUUCGAUUGUGUACUCGUCGGGCAGAGGAACUUGAAGCUCGUAUAAACGAAGACAUAGCUAAUCGUGUAGAACUAAACAAAGAGUUGGACAUUGCAAAGGAGGAACUUUGUGAAUCUCAGAGUGAAGUUAAAGGAAAGAAGAGUAGGCUCAAUUCAGUUCUUGAACUCCAACAAGAACUGUCAAGCAAGCUCCAAUUAUCCUCUUCAGCAAAAUCAGAAGCUGAGGCCCAGCUAGAGAAUGCAAUCACUAAAAGAGCUAUGAUGAUUUGCGAGAUUGAGGAGAUGAGACGACAAAGAGAUGUUUUGCAGCGUAGGAUCGAGUUUUGCAGAGAAAAGGAUGCAAUAGGAAUGGCUACAACUUUGAGUGGCUUAGGAUUUAACUGUAGAGUGUUCACAGCUGAAGAGAUCAGAGCAGCCACUGAUGAUUUCUCGGAGCAUUUGAGUUUGAAAUCUGCAGGUGUUCGGACAAAUGUGUAUAGAGGGCGUAUCAGCCAUACAACAGUUGCAAUCAAACUGUAUGAUUCAAUCAAUGGACUAUCUCAAGAAGCCUUCCAAACUAAGGUGAAGCACCUUAGCCACAUUCGUCAUCCUCAUAUAGUGGCCAUGAUCGGCUUCUGCUCUGACCUAAAAUGCAUUGUCUUUGAAUACUUGCACAACGGCUGCCUCCGGGACAUUUUAUUCUUGGGCCACAGAAGAAGGAGCCGAGGACUCAAUUGGCAUGCUAGAAUUCGCAUCAUGGCCGAAGUUUGCUCGGGCCUGGCCUGCCUUCACUCGGCCCAACCCAGGCCCAUUUUUGACGGCCACCUCAACCCCUCCAAAAUCCUACUUGAUCGUAAUUUUGUUGCAAAAGUCCAUGGCUUUAGUCUUGAUUGGAGGUAUAAUGAAUCUGAUGUGCAGUCAGAUGUUCGUGGUUUUGGGAACCUAGUGCUGCAGCUUCUCACCGGAAGGAAUUGGGCUGGACUUGUUGAAGAGGCGAAGGUGAUGGACCCUCAAGCAUUAGCUAGUGCCUUAGAUAACAUGGCUGGAGAAUGGCCUUUGGACUUGGCAGUGGAACUCGCCGGCAUAGCAAUGAGGUGUUUUUCCGGCAAUGAAGGGCCGGCAACAGUGAUGGCAGAGCUCGAAGAGGUGAAACAAAAGGCCGAUGAUCGAGUGGCAAGCCUAGGAUGUGAAAUGCCAACUGAAGGAGAUGUACACACAGAGGACUCAAGCAAUAUACCAAAUGUUUUUCAAUGCCCCAUAUUUCAGGAUGUGAUGAUGGAUCCGCAUAUUGCGGCUGACGGGUUUUCUUAUGAGCAAGAAGCCAUAGAGGAAUGGCUCAAGACUGGGCACGAUACGUCACCGAUGACCAACUUAAAGCUCAAGCACAAGCUCCUCACCCCUAAUCACACUCUUCGUUCCUUAAUCCAGGACUGGCACAGCAAAAGAUCCAUUCAUCAUGCAUAAACAUUGUAAACUUGUUCUAGUUUUAAACAUAAAGAGCAAAUU